AAGAGGACAGAGCUAGCCUCAAACAAAGAAGAGGAGAAAAGCUAAGAAAUCAAGAAACUAUUGCAAAUCAAGAAAGCAAUCAGAGAGCGGAGAUGGCAGAUGAGUUUCAAGGCGAGGUUUGUGGUGGGAGUUGGUGGAAUUCAUCAAGAAGCAUGUUUGGAUCGUCCCCUUGUUCAUCUGGGAUUCUUCAUGACUUGGGAAGCUUUGGAUGGUCGACUGACUUUCUAGACUCGAAAGCAAGGUCUAGUGAUGAUCAGUCUGGUAAUUCGGCUAACUCUGAUGGUUCUAUAGUGAUUCAAGAUUUGCAAAAACCCAACCAGCCUGAGUCAGCCAGCAACCUCUCUAUAGAUUCAACCCUCCAAAUUUUGGGUAUUGGCCUUUCAUCUCCAUCAACAACUGAUUGGGAUCGAGCUUUGAUGCAUGGGAGUAGUAAUGGAAGGUCUGAUCAAAGCAAUUACCAACCCAUGCUGCAAGAAGACCACAAUUCGAGCAUGAAUUAUCGGCAAGAAAGAGGGCUCGAUAGUUGUCCUGCCGAUCAGAUCCAAAAGGACUGGAGUAGUACUCUCAAGAACAACUUUUCCACCAUAGUUGAAGAAGAUUCUUCCAUUAACUCCUUUAAAUCUUCCGGGAAUCAGUCUUUGAAUUCCAUCACCACCUCAAGUCAAUGUACGGCGGCGACUUGUGCUGGUGUAUCCACCAGCUUUCCAAUUAGUUCAGCUUCCUACGGUUAUUCUUCAACUUUGCUGCAAACCCUUUUCGAUACUGAAGCAUCUCAACCACAACAAUCUUUAUACGGAACCCGGCCAAUGAACUAUCCAUCUACCACAAGUUACCAGAACGAGUUUUCACCUUCUUUGCCCAGAUUUUCUCCCUUGCCAAAGCUACAAAACACUAACAGCUUGCAACUCUCGACCAACCCGAACUUCUGUAAUGGAUCAGCUGCCGCUUUCAAUGAUUUGCGGGUCAACUUUUUCCCUUCAGUUCAGUCGCAGUUUCCCUCGUCAACGUUUAACGAGAAACCAAGUCUUCCGAGCAUCACUGCAAAGGUUAGUAAUGAUGGAAUCCGAGGUUUAGGGUCCGUGGCAAAGAAAAGUAGCAGUGAACCGGCAUUCAAACGUCCUCGUAUUGAAACACCAUCGCCAUUGCCAACUUUUAAGGUUCGAAAAGAGAAGUUGGGGGACCGAAUAACUGCCCUCCAGCAAUUGGUUUCACCUUUCGGAAAGACAGAUACUGCUUCAGUUCUCCAUGAAGCUAUUGACUACAUCAAAUUUCUACAUGAUCAAGUCAAUGUGCUAAGUACUCCAUAUUUGAAAAAUGGAUCACCCAUUCAGCGUCAACAGGCUUCGGAUAAAGUAAAGGAUCAAGAAGGGUCAAAAGAAGACUUGAAAAGUAGAGGGCUUUGCCUGGUGCCCAUCUCGAGUACCUUUCCAGUUGCUGCUGAGACUACAACUGAUUUCUGGACUCCGACAUUUGGGGGCACAUUUAGGUAGAGGAGGAGGAGGAGGAGGAGAAGAAGAAGAUAAUAAGCUCAAAACUUUACACGAAGGAAAUCAUAUAGUAUAUACUAGCUAAUAACAAGUUAAUCUCAUACUAAUCCUGAAAAGUUGGUUGGAUGAGUGAAAACUGAUCAGAUUGCUGUAGUAGUAUGCAUGUAUUGAAGAAAAAGCAAGACAGGAGAAAAGGGAAAAAGAGUAAGUGGCCCUCUCCAAGGAAGGGAAGCCAGCCAAUGCUGGGCCAUCUACAGGCAAACAUGAUGUAGCAGUGCAAAUGAUUAGGUACCAGGCUACCAGCCAAGGGAAAAUUAUAUAGAGAGCUGUAAGUUUCAAUGUUUUAAAUAGCUUAAUUUGAAGUUGAUUAGGAACAGGAACAGGUGCUAAAUUUAGCUGAAGGAUAUAGACGAAUUAGUUUCAGAGGACAUGUAUUGUUUGUGGAGCUGGAUUUAGCAGAUUAAGGGAAUUUUUGUUCCUGUUUCUUUAUUUAGAUUAUUUAAAUCAAGGGUUGUUACUUAAUUGUCA